CCUCCCUACACCCCCAUGGCCCGCGCCUCAUCGCCACGCCACGCCACCGCCAGCGCAACGGAACGGGCACGCCACGCGCCCCUCCGCCCCUUUUCUUCUUCUUCUUCUUCUCGACUCUCCGCCAUUGCGCGAACCAAGAACAGAGAAGCGAGGCGGCGGCAACCCUUUCCUCCAAUCUCUUUCCAUUCGAGACGUCUGCGGAGCAGGAAAGGCAUGGUCGCCAUGCUGCCCGCCGCGAGGGGAGACGCCGCCCCGGCCGCCAGCGCCGGCGCCGCCGAGAAGCUCCUCCAUGGGCCUCUCGCUGACGGCAAGUGCAAGAAGAAGGCCCCGAGGAUGAUUCACAAGGCCGAGAGGGAGAAGCAUAAGCGCGACCUGCUCAACGAUCUCUUCAGUGAGCUUGGCGAAAUGCUUGAAGCAGACAGGCAGACAAAUGGGAAAGCAUGUAUAUUGACUGACACCACUCGAAUCCUUCGAGAUCUGCUCUCGCAAUUAGAGUCUCUCCGAAAGGAGAAUAGCACACUGCAGAAUGAAUCCCAUUAUGUUACAAUGGAGAGGAAUGAGCUGCAGGAUGAGAACAGUGUGCUCCGCAACGAAAUUCUGGAGCUACAAAAGGAGCUGACGAUGCCUCAUGCUGUGUCUCACUCUGCGAACACAGUUUUCCCGUCACAGCAGCCAAUGCAGCCGGCCACCAUCGCAAGCGCAGUAUUCCCCUUGCAGCAGCCACUGCUACAGACAACCAUCCUGGAGCACCCUUAUGCACCACCACCACCACCACGGGAACUUAAGCUCUUCCCAGACGCGGCAUCUGACGUCGAAGGCCUUGAACCAUCAGAAGAUCCGGAGGCCACCAACCAUAUCACGCGCCCGCUGGCAAGGUACCCAACAGAGUCAGCUUCGUGGCCUGUAACUGUAAGCCUGGGUCUCCCGAGGAUGGAAGAUGAACAAUGCAGCAGUGGCACAACCGGCAGUAGCAACGAAGGUAGUAGCUCUGCCUCUUCUAGAGAUUGAGUAGAUCAGUUCCAGCCAGUCAGGAAGUUUCUCUUUGAGCCUAGCGAAUAUACACAGCUGAGCAUGUGCGUGUAAAUACCAGACUCCAUCUUGGGUCCGGGAAUGUUAUGUUAGAUGAGAAGAUGACACUCUAAUGGGAAUCAGAAUAGCACCUUUUCUUCA